AUGCAGGGAAAUCCAAACUGCAGAAAAUGUCCACACCAAGGAAAGCCCCACUACAGCCUGCCCCACUACAGCCUGCCCCACUACAGCCUGCCCCACUACAGCCUGCCCCACUACAGCCUGCCCCACUACAGCCUGCCCCACUACAGCCUGCCCCACUACAGCCUGCCCCACUACAGCCUGCCCCACUACAGCCUGCCCCACUACAGCCUGCCCCACUACAGCCUGCCCCACUACAGCUUGCCCCACUACAGCCUGCCCCACUACAGCCUGCCCCACUACAGCCUGCCCCACUACAGCCUGCCCCACUACAGCCUGCCCCACUACAGCCUGCCCCACUACAGCCUGCCCCACUACAGCCUGCCCCACUACAGCCUGCCCCACUACAGCCUGCCCCACUACAGCCUGCCCCACUACAGCCUGCCCCACUACAGCCUGCCCCACUACAGCCUGCCCCACUACAGCCUGCCCCACUACAGCCUGCCCCACUACAGCCUGCCCCACUACAGCCUGCCCCACUACAGCCUGCCCCACUACAGCCUGCCCCACUACAGCCUGCCCCACUACAGCCUGCCCCACUACAGCCUGCCCCACUACAGCCUGCCCCACUACAGCCUGCCCCACUACAGCUUGCCCCACUACAGCCUGCCCCACUACAGCCUGCCCCACUACAGCCUGCCCCACUACAGCCUGCCCCACUACAGCCUGCCCCACUACAGCCUGCCCCACUACAGCCUGCCCCACUACAGCCUGCCCCACUACAGCUGCACUGAGCUGGGGGAAUCCCCACUUCCCAUCUCUAUGACGCAAGCACAACGAAUAGAGGAUCCGUUUUAA